CAAAAGUCAGUCGGCUGUGUUGUGUGAUGCGGGACGGUGUGAGAGAGAGGGGUUUACGGUCUCCUCGUGCCUCAAUCCUCCCCGCACGGAAACUUAUUAAUGAUAUCAGUGGGGUUACAGUCACCUCGGGGGGUUUCUGCAGUCCAAAACAAGCCAGUUCAGCAUCUGUUAUUGUGGAAUGAACGACGAGAAAAGCCCGGAUAACGGCAAGCGAAACUCUGGGUAUACCAGUAUUGAGCAAAUGCUGGCUGUGAACCCCGGGAAGACGCCCAUCAGUCUGCUGCAGGAAUAUGGAACGCGGAUAGGCAAGACUCCAGUGUACGACCUGCUGAAGGCCGAGGGUCAGGCCCACCAGCCCAACUUCACCUUCCGCGUGUCUGUGGGAGACAUCAACUGCACCGGCCAGGGCCCCAGCAAGAAAGCUGCCAAGCACAAAGCUGCCGAAGCGGCCCUGAAAAUGCUAAAAGGAGGAAUGCUGGGAGGAAUCGGAGGAAACGGGAUGGAGGGAGACGGGUUUGUCGGGAUUGAGAUGGAGGGAGAAUGCCCUCAGUCAGAGAUGAAAUCAUCCAGUUCAACACAACAAGCUGAGUGCAAUCCAGUUGGAGCUUUGCAGGAACUAGUAGUGCAGAAAGGCUGGCGUUUACCUGAAUACACUGUCACUCAAGAAUCUGGCCCUGCACACCGCAAAGAGUUCACAAUGACCUGCAGGGUGGAGAGAUUUGUUGAGAUAGGAAGUGGCACAUCAAAAAAGCUUGCUAAAAGAAACGCAGCAGCAAAGAUGCUCUCUCGUAUCCACGAUGUGCCGGUGGACAUGAGAAGCAGCCACGAGGCCGAAGCAGAAGAUGACACCUUCAACAUGCAAAUUGGUGGCAGACUGGAGGGAGGGAAGUCUAAAGGCCUGGGCUGCACGUGGGACUCUCUGAGGAACUCCGCUGGAGAGAAGAUCCUGCAGUUACGCUGUCAUCCUCUGGGCCAGUCUGACUCCAUCGACUCCAAUUUCUGUUCGCUCCUUCGUGAACUCUCUGAAGAACAGCGCUUUGACGUCAGCUACUUGGACAUAGAGGAGCGCAGUUUGAGUGGCCUGUAUCAGUGUCUGGUGGAAUUAUCCACACAGCCUAUUACCGUCUGCCAUGGAUUUGCUUCCAAUCUGGAUGCUGCUCGUGCCAGUGCUGCCCACAAUGCCCUGCAGUACCUCAAGAUCAUGGCAGGAGGGAAAUAAGGCUCACCUGUUACUUUACUUUUCUCUCUCCCCAGUGGAAAAUUGGACAUUUAUCAGGUGAAUUUAAGCUUACCUGUUUUUGUUUGACGCAGUGGGUGUACUUUAAUGAUCUGCUGCUACCAGAUGUAAACCCAGUUGGAGGACGUACUGAUUGCUUAAUUGUCUCCUUAAAUUUGACACCUGAAGCGUGCAUCUCGCUCCUCAGUGCAUUCAAAGACUGUUAAUUUUAAACCUGAGGACAACGGUUUCACAUGCGAUUAAAACAUCCAAUUUAUUUCUCAAAAUCAUUCAUGUCUCAACAAAAACCCGAACUUUACCCUGAAAACUUCGAAAUCACCCUUUUCAUUUAAAUUAUGAUGAUGUUAAUUGCUCUAUGAACUCGAUAAUUAUUUUUAACUGUGUAAAUGUUUGACUUUUGUACACUGCAUUUAAUUUUAAAGGAAGUUAUUUUUUUUUACAUUUAAUUUUGACUCUUGGAAUUUAUGAAAUGUUAAAAAGUUGUUGUUUUUUUCCUCAUGGUCAUUGAACCUAGAAUAAUAACAUGGACCAGAUGGUUUGUGAUAAAUAUCUACCUCUGUGUAUGUGUGUUUCUGCCUCUUCAUCACAGAAUCUGGGGUAUAUACAGUAAGACCAACAAGAGUAGUAUGUCUGUUGACUCCGACAGCUAAUUUGUACUAAAUUUGUGAAUCUCUAAUCUAGUGGGUAUUUUAUCUUGAACAAUAAACUUUUGAAACUGA